AUGGCUGAAGCUAUGGAAAAAGAAUUAUGUUAUUAUUGCAAGUUACCCUUUACUAUUGAUCAAUUACUUAAUCAUCAACUAAAAUGUAACACAUCACAAGAUUAUGAUUGUUAUAGCUGUGGAAAAAAAAUUAAAUUGACAGAUACUUGGGAACAUGAAUGUGAAAUUUAUCACGAGGAACACGUAGAAAGAAAUCAAACUAAAUUAUGUGCAUUUUGUGGAAAUCAAAUUCAAAAAAACUACUAUGAUCAACACGUUAUUGAUUAUAUCAACGACAAAUUCAUGUCUGAUAAUUUAAUUAUAGAAUUGGACCAAAUGGAUUUAAGAUUGCAAUCUAACGAAUCUUAUCAUACUCAACCUUCUUAUACUGUAGAUGGUUAUUUCUAUCGAUUUAAAAUUUUUGGUUAUAGUAAUCAAGAAGAUAAAAUGGGUAUUUAUUUUCAAUUAAUACAGUCUCCAAAAGAUCAUUCUUUAAAAUGGCCGUUCAUGAAAACUGUAACAUGUACAGUUAAAAACGAAUGUAUUGAAAACACAAAAAUAAUAGCCAAUUAUAGCGAACCGUUAAAAGAAUGUUUUGAAAAACCUGCUCAAGCUUAUAACCGAGCUAUUGGAACAGAUAGUUUUGCAACACAUGAUUUGUUCGAUUUCUAA